CUGAGCUGUUAGUGGAAGCCUGCGGUUAACCCUGAGACGAGGCCGUGAAAGACCUCUCGAUUCUGGCAGAAACACGAGGGUGUUGACGAGAGACUCAAGAGUUCUUCCUUUCGAGACUCCGCUCAGCCGUGUGCUGGCGGCUCGUUUAGAAAUACUUUCGGUAGACUCUGGUGCAUCGUGCGGUAUUCUGGUCAACAAUUUUAACUUCUUAUAGUUCAUCGAACAUCGCUCGUUCGACAUACAGACUCAAUAACCAUGCGUUGCGAUAACAAGACGGCAUUCCGCCUUGGGAUGUCAGUGUACUUGAUUCUGAUACUGACUACGGGCGCGCUGGGCAUAAGAAGGCAUCGCAGCGCCCACAGACUUGCGCCCAAACCCAGCAUCGACGACCUGUUGCAGAGGCUCGACAACACGCUGCAGGAACAGAGGAAGAGGCUGGAGAGAGGACUUCCAACCAUCGCUUAUCGGACCAAUCACCUGCCGGAGGACGACGAAGGCCCCACCAUCAUCCAGGACCACUGGGAGGCGGAGAUGACGCAUCCGGAGGAGUACAUGAGCGACGUUGAACCCUGGACGAGGACCAGCCCGACGCCUCAACCCACGCUGACCAAGAAGGAUCUAAAAAUGGUCCAACUGGCCUCGGAGAACGUACGCUGGGUCAAGGAUAACGGCAAGUGCGAGGUCCCCCUUCAGCGCUGCGUGAAGGUGACGUCCCAGCACGGAGGCGCCGGAUACAAGUACUGGCCUCGCUGUGCCCUCCUGCACCGCUGUGGAGAUGACGCCGGCUGCUGCAGCGCCCCCGGCCACACCUGCUCCGUAGAGUCGUCAGAGAAUGUCGAGCUGUACUUCUACGUCUACACGAACAGCGGCGACGGGCGUGCAGGCGUGCAAAAGAUGACUUUUAGCAACCACACCCGUUGUAUGUGUAAGCCAAGCGAGGCCACCGCGUUCGAAGUUGAAACCCCAGCGUCUGUGAUAUGCAACUGCCCGAGGCACUUCACAUCAACCCCGGUGGGAGGGCGCUGCACCUGCAUCUGCACGGAGGGGAAUCCCCGUUGCAAGCGCUACAAGAAAGGAAAGCGAUUUUUCUCCUCUUCCGAAACAGAAUGCAUCUCUAACGGAGAAUGCACCACACCUACCUGCGAGUAUGGACCAUUCCUGCUAAAGAAACACAGAUGCCCCAGACGCAGAGAGAGAGAGCGCUAUACCGUUAGCAGGAGGUAAACGCCACAACGAAGGAGAGGAGAAAGAGAGGGGGAGAACGGAAUGAGUGAAGGAGAUGGAAAGGGAGAGACGGAGAUAGAAAGAGAGAGGAGACAGGAAGAGAGGAGAUAGAAAGAGAGAGAAGGAGGUAAGAAG